AUGAGGGGCAAAUCUCAUCAAAUGCUCGUUCACAUUGAUGGGAAACGCCCCUAUUGCGUUAUGGUUGAAACGCAAGUUGUAAAUAGUCAACUAAUUAAUAUAGCAACAACUGCACUUCAAAGAUAUAAUUCAAUUCACUGCACAACAUAUGAUAUUUCACAAAUUUCAGUUUUCCUCAUUGAUGAAAAUGACACCGUUGAAAUUCCUGUUGAUAAAUUUGAUCAAAAUCCAGAAAAUUUUGAAAUGGUUUUAAGACUUCCGGAUUUUGAACCAUUACAACAUAAAAUUAGCAUUGAUCCUGAUGAUGAACUCAAAUACAUAGAAACUGCGAAUGAAUUAAAAGAAAAAGGUGAUUAUUUGUCUGCAAUAACAAUGUCUACUUAUUCUCCAGGAAAUUAUUCAAAAUUAUCAACAGAAUACAAAACCCUCAUAUAUUCAAAUCUGAAAAGCUGCGAAACAAGAAAUUUUAGACUUUUGGCGCCUCCAAAACUUCAAUUUACUCAAUUGCUUAGAAAAUGCGAAGAAAACUACGAUAAUCUAAUGCUCUUUAGAAUGUACUGUCAAGAAUUAGCCAAAGACAGUCCUUUAUUAGUUAUCAAAAUAAUUUUUAAUUAUCCAGAGACUUUGAAGCUUCUUCCUGAGUUUACACAGAAAAUUGAAGAUUUCGAAUAUGCCCUAAACGAAAUCAAGCAAAUCAGCGUAACUCCUGCUUGUCUAAAAUAUAUUUCAGAUAUUUACUUCAAUUAUGGCAUGAUUGAGUAUUCAUCGCAAAUCUACAGAUCAAUCGAUAUAAUUACAAACAGUUCUGAUGAAGAAUUCAGAGCUUAUUGUUGGAAAUUAUUUUUAUUACACGAUAUGCCAAAAUUACAUCAAGCACUUGUCAGCUUUUUCCGUAUUAAUAGGAAUAUUAGCAUAGGCGUGCUCAAUUUCGAUCGUGUUUACCAACUUUUGUGUGAUUUGUAUACAGGAACAUCAACUUUUGAUUCUUCGAUGAAUAUUCAUUACCAAACAGUUCCAUACGAAUCACGGCCUCAUUUGUGCCAUAUCUGCUAUAUUGCGGGACUUUGUCUGUUUUAUUGCGGAAUGUACGACCAUUUUUUCUUGAUUUUCCAAUGCGAUACCGGAAUCACUUUUUCUGAGCUGAAUAGACUAAAACCGUCGGCUAGAGAAUGGAAAAUCGGAAAAUCCAUUUUAAUUAACCAAGGAUGGGGUUGUGAGAAGCUUCCAAAGGACAGAAUGAAUUGUGUAUUAGCUGAGUAUCAAGCAUUCAAGGAUAAUUUUGCUUCUUAUCCGAUUGUUCGCCCUCAUGAUACUUAUUUGCUUUCCCACGUCUCGUUUUAUGAGAUUGCGGCACCGGAACCAUGUUUUGGAAAGAGGUGCUUCUGGAAUUUAGUAGAAACGGCCAGCCAAUACAAUACUUUAACGAUAAUGAACGGAAGAUAUGAUUAUAAAACGAUUUUGCCGCAUUUGAUACAAAAUAGAGUAUUCUCGUCUGUUAGAGCAGCAUUGGAUGUUAUUGCUAAUAGCGUUUCUACUGUUUUUGCGCAAAUUCACGAAAAAUAUCCAAAUCUUAAACUUGUUUUUGUUGAAUUAGCUGGAUACAUCGAUGAAGCACAAAUAACAGAUCAACUAAAUUGCUGUAUUCGAGCUGUUUUGCCUGAGUACGUCCAAUUUCUUGAACAAUCAGCAGAUUAUGAAAACGCUGGUGAUCCGUCAAUGUAUUAUGGAAAGUGCUUCAUGAAUACAUUUGUUUGA